AACAGGUGUAUUAAUGAAGAUUUGCGAAGCUUCGAAUGCCCAGUGAUACGCAACCAUCUUCAAGAUAAUCCUCAGUAAACUCAGAUGAAGUUAAACAAAUGGUAGCAGGAUAAUAAGCGAGGGGACCAUAAUACGGAAAAUAAAUGCGAGGAAUAUCGCUCAAUAGACGAUUUUUGGUGAAGUGAACUUCCGACGGGUGAAUUUGAACGAACCUAAUGCAGGCUUACUCGGCAAUCCCGGCCAGUCCUUUUUGCCAGCAGAAGGUGCGCAGAUAUUCGUGUUUGCGCGGGAGUUUCCAUGACAACCAAAACGGUCUGUCCAAUCACAAGCGAGUACGGCUCAACGUCAGCGGCAUGAUUUUCGAAACGUUUGAAAGCACAUUUGACCGUUUUCCCGAGACGCUGCUCGGCUCUUACGAAAAGCGUACGAAGUAUUACGAUCCGAUCCGAGACGAAUACUACUUUGCGCGGGACAAGAACACGUUCGACGCGAUUCUCUUUUACUAUCAAUCCAAGGGUAUCCUAUGCCGACCGGAACAUGUGCCCAGUGACGUUUUCAAGAAAGAACUCAAAUUCUUCGAAAUCAACGACAGGAGAUUUCCGAUUCUCAACAAAGUCAUCGAAUCAAAAACUAAAGCGAAGCGGGACCCGAGCGAGCUAACUUUCCGAGAAAGAGGCUGGGAACUGCUGGAAAACCCUGAAUCGAGCGUUGCAGCAAAAUAUUUGAGCUUUUUUUCAAUUUUCAUAAUCGCGCUUUCGCUUAUUACCUAUUGUCUUGAGACGGUGCCUGCUUUAAAACCGCGCAAAAUUGACUCGGAUCCGACGAAUCAUUGCGACCACUGGUUUAUAAUGGAGUGUCUAUGGAUUAUCUGGUUUUCCGUUGAGUUAAUCCUACGAUUUAGCUUUACACCAAAUCGAAUCCGAUUCUUGUACUCGCCGUUCGGAUUAGUGGAUCUUGUCGCCGUUCUGCCAUUCUAUUUAACGCUUUUUCUGCAAAGCGACAGCGGAGCGACGUCUUUUGCAGUACUUCGGAUUCUACGAGUCGGGCGCUGCUUGAGACUUUUCAAACUAUCGCGCUAUCAUUGCGCCCCAGGUCUCUUCGCAGCCACGAUUAAAGACUGCCAAGAUAAACUCCGCGCUUUAGCACUUUGUAUUUUUAUCACCGUAAUAUUAUUUUCAAGCUCCAUGUAUUAUAUUGAAGGCUUUAGUGACGACUCGCCAUUUAAAAGCAUCCCUGAUGCGUUCUACUACGUCAUCAUCACCAUGGUUACGGUUGGCUAUGGCGACUACGUUCCGAAGACCGUGCUCGGGCGCAUCCUCGGAGGGUUCUGCGCAUUCUCGGGAGUCAUCGUGCUCUACUGUUUUCCGACACCGAUCAUCGUCGUGAGAUUCGUACAACUUUACAAAGAAUACGUCAUUAGCGAGAUGGAAAAGUCCGGAAAAGAUACGAAGGAAUUUGAGAAGAAAUUCAACGAUGAAUUGUUUUUAGCCAGACAGAAACGGCUGAAAUAGAAUUUAAUUUGAUUAACUGUGAAAAGUGUUUUAACGUAUACAUUAACGUGUAAAUUUGUAAUGGAAUGUCGAAAAAUUG